AUGGAUAUCUCUGCCCCUCUUCUCAGCAACUAUGGUGUUGGUGUUCAGUACCACUGGAGUUAUCCCAGUUCGGACUCUGAGUUCUAUAACGUCUCCUCUCCAGAGACCUGCAUCCUCUCCCCUUCUGCCUAUAUGGACUUCUCAUCCUCCUGCCUGCCUCGGGGGACCGCCACAGAACCUCACAGGUCCACACACUCUGGAGGAGCCAAGGCAUCCGCUUCACCAUCCUCCAGCGACGAGGGAGGACUCUCCGGAGGGAGGAUUAGAAAGAACCGCUCCAAGAACCCCAGCAAGCAGAGACAGAGUGCCAGCGAGAAGGAGAAGCUGAGGAUGAGAGACCUGACCAAAGCCCUCAACCACCUCAGGACCUACCUGCCCCCCUCUGUGGCUCCGGCUGGACAGACUCUGACCAAGAUCGAGACCCUGCGCCUCACCAUCGGCUACAUCUCCCACCUGUCGGCCCAGCUAGAGCUCAGCGAGGAGGCUGUGUGUCAGAGGAAGGAGCUGAACCUCAACGUGUCGGGACACCACGUAUCACCUCAACAAGACUCUGUGGGCCUGUGCCAGUUCAACACCUCCUCCUCAGGGUACUGCUGGGCUACGCCCACGUACCCGCUCCACAACACUGGAAUGGAGAGACACCCACUCAGCAGUGAGAUGGACACGUGUGCUUACGACAACAGCUUCAAUUCCAGUAUGGAUUCGCUGUUGGAAUCGCCAGAGUAUGCAGAGGCUGCACAGUCAUGUCAGAUAUACAGAAAAGAUGUCCACUAUCAGAACAUUCCUCAAGACUUCUGGAUGUAA